AUGCCUGCCACCGACAGACCUAGGAGAGAUCCAAAGAAGCCGCAAGUGUUCACGUCCUCCGGAGUCGUCAAUGCCGACAUCCAAGCGUUCCUGUUGACAUGUGUCACCGGGUGGGAAUCCUACUCAGCCGAUGAACAGCGCGACAUCAUCAACACUCUGCCACAAGGUCGCAGACUAUUCGUCACAAACCCUGAGACCGGAAAGUACACAUGUCCGCUCGAGGUCGACUUCAUUGCCUCCGACACCUACAUGAAACGCGCCAUCGCUCGCUUCAAGAACGAUCUCAAGGAAGGGCACUACACGCAGACAUGGCAACGACAAUCUCGACAGGCUAUGAAGGAUCGUGCUGAAGGUCGUUUCGACGAGUAUCUGAAACGACACCUCGAGGACACAUUCGGAGAUGCAGAGGAUACUAGCGCUUCCACCCACGAACAUCCUGUUGUCAACGAUGACGAAGCCACUGGGGUUAGCCAAUCCGUUCCUGUUGUCAAUCUUCCAGAACAAGGAAACCCUAGCGUCAUCUUCAUCUCGAACGCGCCACAGUCUCCUGACAGAGAACGAGACCCGUCAGCAUUCGGCGAAAACGAUCCGAAUCCCCGCACCGCGCAAGAACCCACAAACACGCCAAAUAUGCAAGUCACUGACUCGUAG